UCCGUCGAAAUCCGACACCGCCAAACCGAACACAAUCUGCAAGACCUUCUGCCCCCAAAUUCGAUCCCGUCCCUGCUCCCACCCGAUCGAAUCCUCGAUGGCGCCCAAGGCCGAGAAGAAGCCCGCCGAGAAGAAGCCGGUGGAGGAGAAGUCAGCGGAGAAGAAGCCCAAGGCGGAGAAACGCGUGCCGGGCGCCGCCAAGGAGGGCGGCUCCGAGAAGAAGAAGAAGAAGGCCAAGAAGAGCGUGGAGACCUACAAGAUCUACAUCUUCAAGGUGCUCAAGCAGGUGCACCCGGACAUUGGUAUCUCCUCCAAGGCCAUGUCCAUCAUGAACUCCUUCAUCAACGAUAUAUUUGAGAAGCUCGCCGGCGAGUCGGCCAAGCUCGCGCGGUACAACAAGAAGCCCACCAUCACCUCCCGGGAGAUCCAGACCGCGGUGCGCCUCGUCCUCCCCGGCGAGCUUGCCAAGCACGCCGUCUCCGAGGGCACCAAGGCUGUCACAAAGUUCACGUCGUCUUAGGCUGCCGUCGGGUCUUCGCGAUGGUGGACUGCUGCUUAGUUUGGUUUGGUUUGUUCCCGUGUCUAGAUCAUGGCGAUUGAUUUCGCCUUUCUCAAACAGUGUAAAAUUGAGUUCGGUUUGUUGAAUGAAUGAAUGAUCUGUUCUUGGGAAGUUUCCAUUA